GUCUUCCCAAACAUGGCGGACGAAGCAUGUCUCUUCCUGCAUCACCUCACUAGACUUAAUUUUUGUUAGAAGCCUUUUUCCUUAACGUGGAUUCUAGCUGAAGCUGGUGGUAUGGCAAACCUUUACCUUGAAUUUGAUGAGGACGCUGGGAACAACACUCAUAUUAUACCGAAAUGUUACGACGUAAAAGAUGUAAACGCAAAUUCCUCACAGAGGCAGUUGUUGAUAAAUUACAUGGCAAAAGAUGGAGGAAUUCCCGUCAAUUUUGGGUUGAAUAUCUUAGGAUGGAUGGUAAGCGUCGUGUCUGAUCUCUAUGCUGUGCUUUAUUGUCUUAAUUUUUUGCCUUGCUGUACAUUCUAUUACUUUUAUUAAAACUAUCCGGUCUGAUGAAAAUGAAAAUGAAAAACGAAAGCAUGUAAAUGUAGUCGCUCAUAUUGACAGUUUCGUUAGAUCAGAUUGGAGGUCGUUGUAUCGAUGCCCGAUUCUGAGUAAUUUCACCGAAUGGUAGUCUGAAAAGCUCUCUUGUAUUUUUAGUUUUAUUUGAAAGUAUUUAUUCUGAGAUUUGUUUGUGUGCGAGACAACAUUUUUCGACCUUUCGACCGGGCAGCCGCGCGUAGGAUUUAAUAACAAAAAAACAAUCACUUUCUCUGUUCCCGAACACCUUGCAAAUACUGCAACUUUAGGGAAGCAGAAAAUUAUUUCAAACUUCUUUCCGAUGGAGAUAGAUGAUCAUUCUGCAGCAGAAAGUUGACAAAUUAUAUUAUGGGCAUGGUGAUUUGUAAGUCCUACAUUUGUUUUCAACCUGCUCGUCUCUCUACUUGAUGCACUAUUGCAUAAUAUUAUGUUAAGUACUCCUUUAUAUCGAAAUUAGAAUUGAAAAUAGCGAUUUUAUGCGGUCAUUGGUUAGAAUAUCAGACAAUUUGGUCUAGAAAGCGGGCAGUUUUUCAAAUCUUUGUCCCAAACGUCUUUUCCCUACUAUUCGAUUCCUUUGUUGUUGAAAUUGAAGCAGGUGAAUUAUGCCAGCUACUGUUCAUUCAUUAUGCAAAAAUAAUUUUGUGAGUUAUUACUUGUUUGCCGAAACAUGCAUCAAAAUAUGUUCUUCUCUUAAUGAUGUACAAUAAAUUUCUUUAGGGAGUUGUCGGUUCAGAUUUUUCAUACAUAUUUACAAGUGUACUUAAAUUUUUGGUAUCAAUGUUAUUUUAUAUACUUAGGAAAUACAGCCAAAAGAUUUAUUUCCCUUCAAAUUGUUUUGACUGUUGAAAAUUGCUGUGAACAUGAUUUGAUAAUGCUUUCCUUAUUUUUAUCUGCAUGGUUCUGAAAUGCCAUCAUAUAAUUUGCUAAUUUUACUACAAGUUCCUUAGUUUUGAAAAAAGAUAUCUGGCAGCUGCAAAAAAUAAAAUUGAGCUUUUCUCUUUUUUUUUUCCAUUUAAUAUAAACAUUUUAUAUUAUAGUGAGGUCAGCUACAGGUAACAAAUAAUAAAAAUAAACCCCACAAUAUGAGGAAUUAUUUUGUCUUUUCAAAGUACAGUUGUUAUUUGGUUAGAAGGUGCAUUAGGAAACUUUCUCCUCUCUAGGAAAAUUGAUGUCAAACGCAGGGUGUGUCUUAUGAUAUAUGGAAUUCUUUACAAUUUUUUCCUUUCUUUUGUGUUUGAAAAGUGAUAAUGAUAUCAUCUACAAAUACAUUUACUGACAAGGUCAAUAUAUUUUUCCAGACAUGUCAGUAAAUUGAGGAUGCAUGCAUUUUAUCUUUGAGUGAGAAAUAUGAACAAAAGAUUAUUAUUGAGUUAGCCUUUACAUUUAUGGAAUCAGCUUUUUCUUAAUAUUGAACAGUUGCCUUAUUUUAAGCAUUUUCUGCAAUUAAUGUAAUUUGGUCUCUCAAACCUAAAGGCCAGUUCUAAGUAUAAUUGUUGCCUCUCAUACUUAAUAUUAUAACUUUUGUUAACAUUUCUUAAUUUUUUAAACCUGCACAUCUCUUUUGGUACAUUUGUGAGUUCAAAACAAGUGACCUAUCAAAAGUUGACGCAAGCAAAAAUAAAGGGGUUGGAUAUUGGUGUCAAAGUGUGGGGUUGUACUGUUUUAUUUAUGGGAAAAAGCAGACUUUGAGAGAACUUUUUGGCUGUAAUUUCCAAAACUUUUAUGUUGAAAGAAUCCACUGAACAGUUAAUAUCAAAAACUAAUGGCUUCAUUUAUUUUUAGCCAUUGGUAUACUGUGAUAUCUACAAUCUUAUUGUAUUUCAUUCUUUAUUCACUACAGUUUAUUACAGAUGAUUCUCUUACUUCAUUUUUUUAUUACAUUUAUUAUUUUUGUAAUACAUUGGUGAUUGUCAUUUGUUUCAUACAUGAGCCACUGGCUCUAAGUCUUAAAGGCAAUCUUAUCCCAUGUUAUGGCUGUAAUGUAUUGACUGAUUGAUUGGAGCAGACAAAUUCUUAUUAAAUUCUGCAAGUGGUAAGGUAUUGUUCUGUUUAUUGUACAGGCAUUAAUUACAAGUUUAAAUCGAACACAGUUUGAAACAUCUUUUAAAACUACUGAAUACAGAGAUCAUUUGCACAUUAACUUAACUUACAGAAAAAGUGACUUCAACUUCCAUCAUAAUAUAAAACAAGCACUCUUUUACAAAAAAAAAACAUUUUAGUUCAAAGUUAAUUGAAUUCAACCUUGAUGGUGUUUAGUAUAGGUUUUUGUUUACUUCAUGUCAAUUUGCUCUGCAAGGUUUUUUGGAGAAAACUUUUCAGAGCUGUGGUGUAUCUCUUUCUAUAGAUUGUUUUCAUCUUGUUCUGUGUCAUUCGCCGACUUGUGUGGGAUUAUGGAAGACUAGCUCUGAUACAGAAGGAAGACCAAGGGUAUGUAUGGUAUUGUAAAUUUAGUAAAGGACAAUUAUUGCACAUUGAUUUUUCAAAUAACCAUUUUGCGACUGUGACACAGAUUUAGAUAACAGUAACAUAAAUACUGUCAUGUCAUGUCCAGGAACAUUCAGUGAAAGCAAGUCAUGUGAGAUUGUUGUGGUUCUUAUUUUAGAUGGACUGAAAUGUUCUAUGGAUCAAGGCAAACAUCUGAGGAGGGACGUGCAAGUCAGGAAGGUGGUAUGAAUGCUGCAGAAACUGUUGAAUUUCCAGCUGUCAAAAGCAAGGUUAGUAUUUGGUUACAUGCAUUAUGCAUGUAGGAAAUUUAACCAAUUUAACCCUUUAACUCCCAAGAUAUCAUCAGUAAUUCUCCUUUCUGUUCAUGAUAUAGUUCCUGUGAUGUUAGUUUGGAGAAUUUGGUAUUAGAUCAACUAGUAAUCCCCUAAUUGGUAUUUUUCUUUUUUCUCAUCACUUGUCUAUUUGAUAUUGUAAGGAGAAAAUCUAUCUUGGUCACUCAUGAGAGUUAAAGGAUUAAUGGGAUUUGCUAACUGGUAGGGCAAUCCUUUUAACUUUCAAAUUUUGAAGAAUUCCAAACAAUUUUUGGCAGUAAUAGGAGGUGGUGCAGGUGGUAAAUUUUACCAGUGACUGCCUGAAAAUUAGAACACUGGUGUUUGACUUCCUCUAUUUAAUAACUAUCCUUGGUCCCUUGGUUUGACAUUGCCUCUUUAAUUGUAUUGUAUGGGCUGGUCCUAAGAAAAAAAUGCUGCUUUUAAAAGUGAAAAAAAAGUUUGAAAGAGUGCUUUCUUGCAAUUAACAUGCUCAAAAAAACAGCUGUGAAAAGUAGAAUUAUUGCUGGGAGUGAAAUCUUGCAAUUGCUGUAUAGAAUCUCUUUUAUUUCAGGGUCCAUAACUUAAAAUUACUCAUAAAUGGGGGUUCAUUUGCUCAAUAAAUAGCAAGAAGGAACUUAGUUGAUCAUUAAACAAGGGUAUUGUAAUCAGUUUUGUAGAUUUCCAAGCCGUGUAUUUAUAUAAUGUUUGAAAUCCAAGAUGGCAGAUGAUUAAAAUAAUUCUUAGAAAUGAUGUGUUUUCUUGCACAUGCCCAACAGUGAGACUGCCCUUUUUAACCAAUUUUCCUAGUUUGUGCAUUUUGUUUAGUUGAAGCAAAUCAGCUUGUUUCACCAUUUUGACCAGUAGAAGCAAUUCAGCUAGUUUGUAUUAUUUUAGUUAAUUUGACCAUUUUAACCACUGAAAGAAAUUGAGCUAAUAUUGUGUUUAAUUCAUAUUGCAUCAAUAUAUCCUUGUUUUCAGGGUCUUUUCUCAUGGAUACCUGUGUUCAUGAGAGUGACAGACGAGCAUAUCCGUCUGAAGUGUGGCGUAGAUGCAUUUCAGUAUAUAAUAUUCCAGAAGCACCUUAUAGUUUACAGUGUGAUUAUAUUCUGUCUGUCCAUUGGUAUAGUUCUACCAGUCAAUUACACUGGAACCAAUGGUAAGUGGGCCAGGAGUGAAACAUGAAGCUUAGGUACAUGUCUUCUGUUUUAGUAAGGAAUGAAAGGGGUAAGUUUCUAAAGAAACUGUGGUACUGCAUUGGUGGGAGAGUAUAACAGGGUAAUUUAGUAUUAUCAACUGAGGUUAAUAAUACUAAAUACUAAAUACUAAUACUAAACCAUUUGCCCUGAUGUGGGAAAUGUUGACUUUUGAAACGCUUUACAAUGGCCAAUCUACAUUAUCAACUCAGUUGAUAAUAUUAAAUUAUUCUGUUUUAGCAACUUUUUUCAGGGUGGGAGGGGAGGGGGAAGAGGGAGAUAUGGAAUCUGUUCAACUGAUUCUCUUUUAUUCACAUUCACUACAAAGGCCAUUUAUAUCCUGAGAUUAAUUAGUCUCAGUCACAGAAUCUGUACAUUGAUGAUGAGAAGCCACUUAUAUUUAACCCUAAGAACACAUCACCAUAAAACUCUGUUGGCAAGGCAUUGUGUGGAUAACACCAAGGGCCUGGGUUUCAGACCUGGCCUGGUCAUUGUGUUGUGUUCUUGGUCAAGACACUCUCCUAUCACAGUGUCUCUCUCCAUUCAAGAGUAUAAAUGGGUACCGGUGAAUUGUCAGGGAGCCUGAUGAAAUGCUGGGGGUAGCCUUGUGAUGGAUAAGCAUCCCAUCCAGGGGGUUGGGGUAGUGAUACACCUAGUCACUUCUGGAACCUGGGAUCUGCUUGGGCUGGGCAGCUACUUGGCUUGAGUACAGACCAAGCAGUUAGCACAAUACUUUUUGCUUAACAAAUAGAGAAGCCUUGACUGUGGUCUCUUCUGUUGUAAAGCAUGCAGGAACAGUAAAGAGCACAGUCAAGGCUUCUCUAUUUGUUUCAUAAUAAAAAAUCUGUUACAUUUCCCACAUAAUACUUUCAAUUUUCAAAACCAACUCUAUUUACAAAGCAAACAACAGUUUCAUCAGCAUGCUCUUUCAACCAAUGACAGUGUGUGUUAUAUCUGAACUUUAUUAUAAUAUCACUUACCAGUACCUGCUGGAUAGCAUUAUUCACCCAUUGAACAAUUGGGCAUAAGGGUUGAACUUCAUCGCUUGAUGCGGAGUGUGAACAUCCAAAUUGGAUAGAAGAGAAGGAGAAGCAUGCUGAAAUUAUAACUUUAAUAUUUUAUUGGGGUUCCAGAGCCAAACAAGAAUUCUUUUGGUGCCACAACAGUGUCUAACCUGAUGGCUAGCUCCAGUGUCUUCUGGCUUCAUACAGUUUUUGCAAUUAUUUACACUGUGUUAAUGGUGAUUGUGUUGCGGCAUUUUACCAACCUGUUUGUAUUUGAGAGCCACGAUGAUUCCAAGAAGACAAUCAUGAUGACUAAUGUACCUAAAAAUGUGACAGCUGACUUGAUCAUGCAACAUUUUCGGUGAGAAGUGUAAAGAUGUUACGAGUGUUUAACCUUUUAACUCCUAAUAUCUGAUUGUUAAUUUUCCCCUUGAGCUGCUACACGUUUUCUUGUAAAUUAGUUGAGAGAAUUUGGUGUUAGAUCAAGUUAACAACUUCUAUCUGAUGAGAUUGAGUUUUCUUAUCACCUGUUUGCUGGAUAAUGUAUGGAUAUUUUAGGGAGAAGUUACAUGUUAAUCACUUCUGGGAGUUAACAGGUUUACUUGGGAUGUCGCUAAUAACUUUUUUCCUCUAGAAUAUUAUUAUUUCACCUAAAAUUAAAGUAGCUUCUCACAAUUUGCACAGUGACUAGUAAACCCUCUCACUCCUAGCGACCAAUGAAGAAUUUCUCUCAUUAUUUUGAUCACGUUGUAAAGCAAAAGUGAUGAGGAGAAAGAAACGAACAAUUUCAUAAUACAGCUUGAUUGGACACCAAAUUCUCAGAGCUACAAUUAUAUGAAAUAUGCAAAAAACGUUGAGGGGGAACAAUUUUAAGAUCCCAGGAGUGACAGAGUUAAGCUUUGUUUCCUUCGCGUCUGUUGUUUGGCCUUGUUAUGCGUGAAGUUCUGAUAGUGUGUUGCGUGAAAAAUGGAAACAAAGGCCAGUAAGGGGACUGAUUUUAGAGCAAAUUCACUGAUUAAAAGUCUGAUGAAAAGUCUGUUCAUUGGGUUUUUUUCUGAGGUUAAAGGUGUUGUUUCUCCAUUCUUAGCCGUUUGUUUUCCUUCCUAGGUAAUCGUUUUAUUGCCUGUGUUCUAAACUUGUCAAACUAAUAUUUGUUGUCUCUUUCAAGGUAAAAAUACGUCAAAGCGUUUCAUAGCAACUUAGCGUGCUUUCACAGUCAAGCGUUUGACUCAGAAAAAGAAAAUCCAUGUUGAUAUAAAUGUAUCACAAUUUCGACAGAAAAGAAGUUUGUUCUGCCAUUACAAACAGGUUGAAUAAUUUUGGGGGCGAAUUUGCAAUGGGGCGAAACCUCCAGUUAUCUAGAGAGACCGAAAAAUCUGGCUUAUAUAUGCUCUCGCAUUGAGCGUUUGGAUCAUAAACUGUUGGAUCGUAGGUCAUAAUCUCUCUUGCAUUUCUCCAGGGAAAUCUAUGGUGAAUCACAAGUCCUUGAAGUUCAAGUUGCAUUUGACUUUGUAAAACUGAAGCAAGCGCAGAGAAAAGUUCUUGCCGCUCAGAUGGGUAGGGAACACUGCGAAGAACUUCUUCGCAAGACUGGGAAGAGACCGUUAACCACAGUCAGCACCAACAAGCUGUCUCCAUGUUGCCACUGCUGUGGCGCCAGUCACGUGGAUGGGAUUGAGUACUUUACUGAAGAAGAGGAAGAUGGGAAAGUCGAAGCUGAUCAACAGAGGCAAAAGCUGAAGAGUCUGGGAAUAGCUUUUGUGACAUUUGAAAAUGCAAAGAUUGUUCAGAGGUACAACAAUUCUAAAUUAAUGGAAGCUAGUGUGACAGACCUACUUAUUAAGAUGUGCGCGGAUGUUGGUCAUGCUGUUUUUCUGUUAUUGAUCGAGAUGAUAUUAAGAUGCAUUUUUUUAAAGAAAAUUUCUCAGAGUAAUAACAGCAACAUUGCCAACAUUAUAAGUGAUUAUAAGUGUGCAGUACGCGCUUUAUUCCGCCCGCGGGAAGAUUGGAGAUAAGUCGGGGAGAGCCUGGCUGGGAGUCUGGCACUAAUCAGUGCCAGGCCCCUUGUACACCUCUCGCCGGCUCACUCUGCUCCAGGCAUCAUACUUUCCCGCGGGCAGUCGAAGAAACCCUCGGGCCAAACCGCUGAUAAUGACGGCCAGCCUUAUAAUCCUUCAUAUAUUUUUUGCUUGCGUGAUUGGUCGAAGCGCGGUCACAGUCAUAUGACUAUCGCUUACGGUAUUAUCUUACAGUAAAGGGAACAGGGUGGUCCGACUGGCCGAACAGAGAGAAUCUCGUCAGUUCAAAACGUCGAAGGAAAAGUCGCAAAGAAAGUACUUCUGCUUGAAAUCAGAGAGCGAAUUAUCGCUUGAAAUGUAAAUAAACAUUAGCCGAAAUUAACAUAAAAGCCAUAUUCCUUCAAAUUGACGUGAUCAACAAAUUCGUCAUUUUUCAUUGAAUAGGCCAAAAAGUACGCUACCAUCGCCAGAGUUCGUUUUUGCUCGCCCUCGCUCUGACGAAGAACUGACGUCCGAAAAGUUAGCUUUAGAAACUGCUUGCGGUGGCCACGCCGCAGGCGUUAACAUUAUCAACUCAGUUGAUAAACAAAUUUAUCUUUCAAUACAUCCCACAGAAGCAGUACCACAGUUUCUUUGGAAACUCAUCCCCUCUUUUUUUCAUUUUUCUCUGUCUUGCAGAUGUCUGAAAGACUUCAACACAAUCAGACAUGGAAGUCCAGAAUCGUCUGUGUCACGGAGGAUCUUCUCAGACCACUGGAAUGUGUCGCAGGCUCCAUUAGCUGGGGACAUUAUCUGGGAACACCUUUCCGUUGACAAUGAGAGUUGGUGGGUCAGGGCAGUGCUUAUCAAUACAUUGCUGUUUAUCUUUGUCCUAUUUCUCACCACGCCGGCUGUGGUACUGUCUACUCUGCAAGAGUUGGAGGCCAGUGUCGGUGAGCAGUUUAUUUUUCCAAACUGUUUAUUCCUUGAAAAAAUAAAAAGAAGGCUGUCUUGUCUAGGUUUGGGUGACUUUAUUUUCAACAUUAUUUAGCUAAAACACACACGCCUAUUAGCGUGCAAAGCACUAGUCACCUGACUAGUGACAUGACUAAUGAAUAAUAUUACUUGAAAGUGCUGCUCAAUCCUUCAGUAAAAGUUCGAAUUACCUAUCACUUCUUUCAGAGUUCUUAGUCUUCUGACAACAAGCUGAAAUAAGUUACAGAGUUAUCCAGUGAUUGUUUUUUAUCUUUCUUUCCCAAACUUUUCGCAGCGAAAAGCAAUCCAAAGCUCGCUGUCCCUCCAAGUCCAUUUCUCACUCAGUUCUUGCCCACUAUCUUGCUGUGGAGUUUUGCGGCGAUCCUUCCAGCGGCUGUGUCGUGGUCAAGUUAUUUUGAAGCCCAUUGGACAAGGUACGGUACGAUUUGAAGGAAAUACAUGCUAAUGUUUGGGAGUAAGGGGUUAAAAGUGAGUAAUUACGAUGAAUAACAGCGAGUAAUAAUGAGCGUAACGUUUAUUACAGAAGCAAUCGUUAAAGGUGAACUACCAUUUCCCUCAAUCUUGAAGACUUCCUAAGCCUGUGGAAACUCUUGUUCACAUUUCAUCAAAUAUUUAAAGUUGGUCUAAAAACGCCAAAGGGCAAAUUGCCGGAAGGUCAUUUUUUUGCCGUUUGCCAUUUGUCACGGAGAUACAAGACGGAAGCCGGUUACCGGCGGUCUACCGCUGACCAUAAGACCUCUUACCGCCGUCUGUUUAGCCUGCGAGCCGCUUUUCGUGUUUGGAUUUAGCCUUACGGCUCCUUUCAGGGCUGCAGUCGCCGAUAACACCAUCGGCAACCUCUUAUGGAAACCUUUGUUAAAACGGACUGCUUAAAGUCUAGACCCACAUCUGAAGCGACUUUUUCGUGAGACAAACGAUUUUACUUCGCAACCAAUUACUUACUCUAUCUACAACCGAAAACUGCCUUUUUCGGAACUCCCUUCUCUUAAAGCACUGCACUUCGCGAUGAGAAUCCUUUUUGCCCUUAAAAUCGUUUAACGUUUUAAAUUAAAAGUUUCAAUGUGAAUUCCUUGUAUCGAGGAAGAUAUUUGGAGGUUUUGCCCCAUUGCAAGUUCGCCCCUGCCACCUUUCACCAUCUUUCAUGCCGUUUCUGUAGAAAUCAUAUUUUCAUCAACAUGCAUUUUUUUUCUGAGUCAAACGCUCGACCUCGCUAAGUCGCUAUGAAACGCUUGGCUCAAGGACAUGUGGGCAUAAGUAUUUUAAUAAACAUACUCAUAUGUUGCUGGGCUCAGCGUAUUCAAAAGCUGCGAAAUACAUAAGUUGUCCUUUGCUUGAGAAUACUUGCAAAUGAAAAUUUUAUAUUGAUAUUUGCACAAAAGAAAUUUGAUAAAUUUAAUAGUAAUUUAAUAAAUUAUUUGUUGGCAGCCAAAGGGGCCAUUAUUGUUUAGUUUGUAGCUAGAAGUAAGAAAGCCCUUGAUGUUGUCUCUUAUCUUUUUGCAGGUCAAAACUUGAGCAUUCUGUGAUGGUCAAGACUUAUAUCUUCCUAAUGCUGAUGUUAAUUAUUCUUCCGUCUCUGGCUCUCACCAGGUAAACAAUUAAGCUGAGUGAUAUGUUUUUUUUUUAAGACUGUUAAAACCGAGUUCGCCGUUGCUUCUAUUAUGAAGAGUAUUUGUACUUGAGCAGUUUUUAGCUGAACGUCGAAAGUGAAUCAGGAUUGCAUUUUUUGCGGAUAACUACACUUCGGGAUUGGUCGAGAAAAAUCGAGGUAAUUUGGUAUUAUCAAAUGAGUUGAUAAUGUAAAUUGGCCACCGUAAAGAGUUUCAAAGCUGACGUUUCGGGCGUUAGACCUUCCUUAGAGCGAAUGACGAAGGGCUAACGCUCGAAACGUCAGCUUUGAAACUCUUAACGGUGGCCAACUCACGUUAUCAACUCAGUUGAUAGUACCAAAUUACCCUGUUAUACUCUCCCACCGACGCAGCACCACAGUUUAAUUGGAUAAUUAACUGAAAACUGUGCUGUAGUUUGACACAAAAUUAUUGGGUGAUGCGGUGAGCUAAUAUUGAGACGUAUUUUGAACAAUCUUCUUGGCCCAUCUCGACCUUGGUCUUUGUGUUCUUUCCGUUAGCAAGAUACCUCACCCUCGCAAUGACGCUCUCCACUCGGGAAGGUUAGGGUUAUUCCCUAUUAGGGGUAGGGUGGGGGGUCAUUGCUCUCUGGCAAAAGUGAGCAAACAUAAAAUCCAGGUGACGACCGGUGCUACGUUAAGUGUUGGAAGAGAGGCAUGCGCCCUUUCAGGCUCGGGGCUUAAGAUGAAGUGUACCUCGUCUGCCAAAGCUCGGGCCGAGCUAGAAAAUUGUUCUCACCAAUUUUUAUUGCCUCGCUGCUCCAACAGAAAUCAUGAUAAAUUACUGAGGGAACUUGAAACUUGAUCAAGAGAAAUGUUAACUUGGGUUCUUCACUGAAAAAAGCGGACGGUUACUCAAAUGUUUUUGCUGUGUUUUUGCUGCAGCGCGGAUGCUUUGUUUCAUUUGACGCUUGGAGGAAUUUCGUCCGAAUUCCAAAGUAGACUGGCGUGAGUAUAAAAUGCUGAUUAAUUUUUUCUUAGUAGUAUAUUUUAAGAAGAAAUUUUUAAAGGAGCUUCCUGAAAUCAAUUCAUUUUCUCCGUCGAGGCGGAUAAUUUGCAACUUCUCUCCACGUAGACACAUCGUAAAGUACACCGAUAGUUAGAAUUAGGAAGUCAUAAAGUGGAAAAUAUUGACACAAUCUGAUAAUAAAUUCUCUUAACCAACAUUCACCUGAGUAUGUGAUUGUCAUGUCUGCUCAAAUCUCAAGUCUAGCAGGUUUCAUCAAAACAUAUAUUAUAAGUUUUGAUCGUACCUUUAAAAGGAAACCGUUUAAUCAAGUAAUUUGAGCAGCUCAAGGAGUUUCAGUAACACGAGAGCCUACACAGAGGCGAAACAGACGGCGGUAAGAGGUGUUUAGGUCAGCGUUAGACCGCCGGUAAGCGGUGGCUGUUAUGGAAACCCGUGUACUCUUGUAAUAGUUUAAUUGAUUUAGUAAACUUAGCUACAGCAAACGAAAAAUAUUUUCACGACUUGGUCUAGUGUUCUACCUUUAUACCCAACAGUAUUCCCUACGGUCUCGAUACACUAAUUUCCUCUCGUGUUGAACAAUGAAGAACAGAUUAGGAAAGGUGAAUUGUUAGUUGAUAGUAAAAUGAGUUUAACAAUUUCGUGUCUGUUGUGUUCUUACGGGUGAAGGCUGUUCUGAAAAGAACUCACGGUUGUGGGUGACUGCGAUCAGUGAUGAUUUCCGCUCAAGUUGUCGAAACGCUAAUUAUUGUCCUUGAAAAGAGCCCCCUUUCUCCCAGGACUGCCAUCACCCUUGACUUGGACUGAGCUCAUCUCUUAACCACGUCUGUUUGCUCUCUAUUCCAGUUGCGUGUUCCUACCCAACAAUGGCGCGUUCUUCGUCAACUAUCUCGUAACAUCAGCACUGAUUGGAACCGCGCUGGAACUGUGUCGCUUUCCUGAGCUUGUCUCCUAUGCAGGGAGUAUGGCUUGUGCACGAAACGAAGGAGAGAAAAGGCUGGUUCGCAAGGUCAGUGGACUCUUAGGCCUAUGUUACGGUUGUUCUUCUUGAAAAAGUUCCGUUACGUCACGCUUUUUUUUUUUUUUUUUUUUUUUUUUUUUUUUGCCCCGUGCAAGACUUCUGUCAAAUUGGAGGAAAAACAACUUAAGAUCACCGGAAGGUAUAAAAGUAUUAGAUGGGUGUGUUAAACAGAGGAAGAACGGGGUUGUUGAAGUAUGUGGAACGAACUUUACUGUGACUCCUUUGAAGUCAACCAAAUUUCCGUUUUCGGUUGUUUUUUCAGGGAAUGAAUCUCUGAACCUUCUUGUUUUAUCACUCUUCUCAAAAUCGUACUAAAAUAUUUAAAUUUAUUAUAGAAUGCAAGGUAAGCUGAUAAAAAGAGUUUUUGUUCUGACACCAGGGUUGUUUAUUUCACCAGGAAGCCGUGCGUGAGUUUGCUUAUGGACAGCAGUACGCCUGGAUGUUAGUUAUCUUUACUCUGAUGGUUGUUUUCUGCCUCACCUGUCCUCUUGUCACGCCAUUUGGUAAGUCACACAAAAAAUUUUCGUCACGCUUGCAAACGUUGGUAAUGGCUGCAGUACAUUCGGCCUACGAGCACGAACGGCGAAACCCAUGAACGAAGCGAGCGAAUGAGAGCCUCUGUUGAGCCAGACCACUUACAGAGCAUAUAGAAAUAAGAACUAUAGGACUCAAAACUAUAGAUUAGUCAUCCUUCUGAGGAUGCAGUUGAAAAUGUGUUGUCUUGCUCCUUCCAUUUCCAGCGAUUGUGAAACAUCUCGAGGUGUAAUUGUAUCAAUUUCCAGUAAAGCCUCUUUACAGUGUUUUACUCUGAUUUUAGCCAUGAUCUAACUGCUCGCCACAAUAUUAUUUUUUUUAACCUGUGUUUUCAUUAUAUAUUCACAGGUUUACUUUACUUGGCCAUGAAGCAUUUAGUCGAUCGAUACAAUCUUUACUUUAACUAUCGCCCUCCGGCUUAUAACUACGUGGACAGCAAUGUACAUCACACUGCUGUGACGUUCGCCGUCAUUUCAACUUUCUUUCUGUUGCUAUCACUGUUAUUUUACUCCUCUAUUAGACUAGGUAAGUACGACACGUCAGUCUAAUGUGUGCCUUAUCAGAGCAAUUUUCGAAUGAGUGUCGAAAGUGAUCCGGCAUUGCGAAAUUUAUCACUUCACUCUGUGAUUGCGCCAGCCUUUCAACUAAUCAAAUGCAGGAGUAAAACCAACCGCGACUUGUUCACCUUCGCUUUCUCGCGCUUUAGGAAGUUUACUUGUUUUUAUCUUGAAUUCUCGUUGGCUCCUUGUUAUAUUUUCAUUUUGUUGCACUUGACUUUUUUGAUUUCGUUGGUUUUGGUUUUCGACAUUCGAAAAGCGCUCCUCGACCCCGUGAGUUAAGGGUCAACGCGCUGGACUUAAAAUCAAAAGGCCUGAGUUGGAACCUUGGGGGCCGGCUUCCUGGCCUCUGUUUUGCUUGCGUCAUUUACCUCGAAGAUCGAGAUGUUGGUAGUUUUUAAAUUUAAAGAGUUGAAAAUAUCAGGAAAUAAGUAGAAUAGACUGAUGUUUGAGGAACCGUGAUACUAUUCCUUAGAUGUAACUAUUAAAUUAUCAGUGGUGUCAAGUCCACAAGGUAAUCGUGUUUUGGUUUGAGCAAAACAGUGCCUUUCUGAACCCACCAAAGUAACUUUUUUGCGGCGAGUUCGCCGCUAGUUCGCGGCUAGUUCCAUUCAUUAUUACAACUGUUGUGGUAAUUCGCUACUGGCUGACAAAAUUAUUUAAUCAGUUCAAUGUCGACAGACAUCGAAUGAUAUUUAGAAGAAUUUUUCAGAAAAUAGUGUUAUACAAUAUUUUUACCUCUUGUUUUGCCUGUCGAAGACAACUUUGAUUCACGGAAAUCCCUAUUUUGAAAAUAUCUAACUCGAAUCCAUUUGUGGAGGAAACCAAACUACAGUAAUGUGAUCAAGUUUUAAUCAAACAGUUUUGGUGUACAUCAUUCCCUAACCUUUCUAGCGAAAUUCUCAUACCUUCCCAUUGUAUACGGUUUGCAUGGAAACCUAUCAAUGUCUCGCGAAACUGUAUUAAUUCCCUAGUUUCCUUGGUGACACACGCAUCAAAACCUUCGUUAAAAAUUCCCUACACUGCCCCUACCGAAUACGGUUUCCCUAGAAACCCCCACUGCUUCGGAAAACUUCUUCGUCUAACGUGUUUGAUUUUGCAUAAGGCGAUCGCCCGCGAUCAUUUCUCGUUACACGAAGCAAUUGUUUUAAAAAUUGGUGAGUUGGCAGUUUUAUAUGCUACAAACUUGCCAGCCGAGAUAACAUGACUGCGCUGUAUAACUAAGGAGUAGUUUUUCGGUGUGGGUUUCUUGGAUGGAUUGGGAUAUGGGACAAUUUCGUCUGCUUUCGGAAAACUUUGGAAGUAAGUAUCGACGGUAAAAGUUAGGGCAAAGGCUCUAGAAGAUUCGAUUUGGGUCCAUAGCUAUCUGUGGUUUUAAUUUUGCUUUCGAGAUAAAUAUCUUUAUACGUUGCAAGUACGCAUUUGCCUAUGAAAACUUGCGAUCAAACGUCCGCCUUUGGCCGUGAAAGCGGUAUCUUUUCUUUGAAUUUCUGAAGUGUUCCUGUAAUCCUCUGUAUCACUGAUAGGAAAACUUUUAAAAUUAUGUCAAAUAUAAAAUUUACUCGUUUGUCGUAUUUCAAAAACCUUUAUACUGAAAGCUUGUUAAAGAUCGUCGAUGGUUAAAGAUUCUAGCCAUAUUCCAUAAAUUAGCUUGGCGUUUCUUCGGCAGAAAUUCGGGUAAUCAGACCUGGAAAUAUAAUUUUAUUUUUUAAAAUUUCACCCAUAAAGCGCAUAGUUGAGCGAAGUAGUGGUCAUUAAGGUGAAAUAUUUGAUCUAAUUUGCAAGAGAUAUUGCAAAAAGUUAUAUUAAACAAAACUUCUUUGUUUCAAUCGUACCUUUUGUAUUGAGAAACCACUUUAAGCGACUAAACGUCUUUGUGUAUUUGAUUUCGAGCGUAAUGUCGGUAGCAGUCUUUGGGGCAAAAUUGGAAAUGGCAGGUUAAGGUACUGCAGAAGAUAUCUUCAAUAUGACGAAGAUUUAUUUGAAAAUCAUUAAUUGGAGCUAAUACGAUUAAAAGCAAACUGUUAUGGACUGCUUUUUCUCAAAGAAAAUGUGAGUCAUGCGGGCGGAGAGAAGCUAUUUGAGAUUCACAGUAUCUUUCAUAAAAGAACAUUAUCACGAUGCAAGUAGUUUGGCUUUUAACUUUAGAAGUUAACCCUAAGGGUAACUUGUAUCUAAUUACUCCUUACAGUAUUACUUUUGAAUCACACAUCAGGGUUUGGAGAAUAAAACAAAUGAUCACCAACUGAAGAUGCCCUUGAUUGUUAAUCAAAUUCUCCUUGUCAACAUCUUAGUUAAUGUAUAGAGAACAGUAAGGAGAAUAUGCAUACUUAUCUUAGGGCAUUAAGGGUUAGGCAGGUUGUAACUUAGGAUUAUAUAUCUGAGUGUUCUCCCAACAUUCCGCGCGGGUUAUUACGCCGGUAAACCGAGAGCAAGUGCAGUCUCCUGCACAUAAUCUAAAUGUUUCACAUCAAUCUGGAAAAAACAGUUUUCAAAAAAAUCUCUUGUUCAUAGCUGAAGAUCACACACGACUCAAAGCCAGACGGCGAGAAAGUCAAUUUUUUUUACCGUUUCUUCUAGCUUCAUGUUUAACCUCGUUACUGAGCCUGCGUUCAUACGUCCACAAACACAAACCCGAAACAAUUUUUUCAAUACAGUUUUUACCACUUAUUCUCUCUCUCUUCAGGUAUCAAUGAUCCCCAGACCGUUUUCACCUUGGUCGUGGUGUGUAUCACAGUUCUGCUUCUCUUAGCUCGAGUAUGCUUUGGAAUGUUCAAGAAAUUUGGACCUCACAAGGUAGUUGUCAGACCAUAUUUAGUUGAUAGAACGUUGUUGUUGUUGAUAUUUACGUUUUGUUUUUCUUCUUUUUCUCAGGAAUACCUCUCGACAGAUGCGGAACUCAAUGGGGCUGAUGUUUAUAUUCCUGUAAGUUCCGCUGUUUUUGUUUUUUGGUGUGUGUUUGUGUGUGUGAGUGUUUUUUUCUUUUGUUUAAUGAAUGGAAGGCCUCCGUUAAACCGAAAGACUGACGAAGGGCUAACGCCCGAAGCGUCAGCUUUAGAAACUCUCUACGGAGGCCAAUUUACAUCAUCAGCUCAGUUGAUAAAACCGAAUUAUCCAGCAAACAGUUGAUAAGAACGGAGAGACUUAAUAACCUGAUAAAAAACGCCAAGUUCUCCUGACUAAUUUACAAAGAAAUUGAAAUCACUUAGAAGGGAGAUUUUCAAGCCAGAUCGUGGAGGUCUGAAGGCUGCUUCAAAUCAGGGGGGUCCAUGACCGUUGAUGUGUCAUUGCACUAGCUAAGGAAUCAAGUGUUGCGUGACAUCAUAUCAUUCACCAUGUCCAUUGUUGCGUUACAGGAAGCUUAUCUUCCGCCAGUCCUUCAAACAACGCGUGAAAUGAAGGCCACUGGUAGUGGAAGUGACAACGUUUCUCCUACCCAGCUCACCAGGCGGAAGACUUACGGUGCGACUCAGAAUGACCAUGUGAUCGAUACGUCACAACUGACACCCAGUUCGGAAACUGUUGUGACUUUCGAUGACGAGGACCGGCACUAAGUGUAAGGUUCUAACCGUUGGGAAACAUUUAGAUAUUUAUUUUGUUUGCCUAUCUUUCUAUAUAAGGUAGAUCAUUUGUGAAUUUUUCUUUUAAGUAGAAUGGAUUCUUCUCCAGUUUGUUGGCUAAGAAUUACAACCACUGGAUUUUAAAUAUCACUGGAAACUUUCACUGGCGUUGAAAUGAGUACUUUUUUGGUUGUAACCCGGAAAGUUUCAUUUUGCCUGGUGCUUUUGUUAGCCGUGAAAUUGUAAUGAUGAAUUUAAGAAAUUGGCUUGUUUGAAAUGCAUGCCGUGCCUUAAUAAGCGCCUGGAAAUAUUGAUGCUUUCAGUCGUCAAUAAUUUGAGUUGUAUUUUUCUUAAUAUUUUACAAACAAUGUUAACCGUGAUCUUUUUUGUUUCAAUAAUCGUUUUCUUAAGAUCAAGUCUUUUGGUCUCAAUAUUGGAGAAGGUUCUGUGUAAAAGAGGCAUGUUAAUACUUUGUCUCUGAGAAGCAUACUAACAAGAUAUAAAUGAGUAUGAAAAGACUUUGUGGCGGAGAAGAAGUUACUACAGAUAGAGGACUGAGGAGCGAUGCUCGUCUCGGGUUUUAGACGCAUUUUAGUAGUUUCUUGUAAAUUCCUAAAGAACGGUAGCGUUGUUCAAAUGCGCCGCAUAAUUGAACUUUGAGUUAAACUUAUUUAUUUAAAGUAGGUUAGCAGUAUCUACAGAAAUGAUAUUUUUUUAACUUUCUUUAGAGGAAGUUUCAAAUGUGUAACGUAAUGUUCGUUAUUCUCCGUAGAUCUUCGGAACUUCUAGUAUUGUAAACUCGGAAAUUGGGUGUCUAAUUCAAUGGGUUGUUUAAAUUAGUAUUGCUAUUAUACUUAUUGACAUUUUCAUUAGGAAAUCAAUUUUGAAUGAUAUUUUGUGCAAGAAUAAGUCAUGCUUAGGCAUUUUGAUAAACAUCUUACAAGCCCGCUUACUUUGGGUCGCUCCUAGAAUUGUUUCAAAGUACUUAAGAAAAUAUUUGUCAAAGUAAUUUGUUUCGUUAUUUUAGAGACAAUUUACGUUAAUUUUAAUGAAUUUAGUGGGUAUUUGAGGAGCUGGUUUUGGAAUUUAAGUUAUUUACAAUUGCGACCUGCGAAAUCCACUUAAAUACGUAGAGACAGUCAAUUGUAAGAUAGGUUUGUUUCGACUCCCAUGCCCGUCGUCAAUUUUCGUUUGAAAGUGUUUGUAAAAGUUAACUGAUUGUUGAUUGUUUCCCUAUAAUUUAGAGCUCUAUGUUUCCGCAAGAUUUUGAAUUUAAAGGCAUCAUCGAGACAGAUGCAUAAAUUGUUUUCUACUUAUUUUUUACGUUUUCCACCUCUAGAACGGUUAUAUGAAUUAAUGGAUUGACUGUUCUUUUGAAAAUCAGACUAGGAGCAUGAAGGGUACUGAGCCGGGGGGGUCAGCAAUAGACUUCCGUUCUUUAGAUCUCUCGGGCGUUUUUUCGCCCCAGUUCUUCCUACAACCCCAGCUCACAUGCGUGGAUCAUUUUCUGAAAUAACCAUGAGUUACUGUUUUUCCCUUUUGUUAUUUACACACAGACAAGCAGACAUUUAGUGAUUAGGACUUAUUGCCAAGUUGGGCUAUUUAAUUUUUGCAGUAGAAAGACUCAAACCUGGGACUUCAAUUAUUUGAAUAAUUAUUCACUGAUUAGUUUCUGAUUAUUGUGUAACUACUAUACAUGGUGCGCUCAGUGAACUUCAUUGUAGAGUUCUUGAUGAAUUAAUCUUGCCUGGUG